GGCCGGAGCAGGAAGGAGCCGCAUACGGGGCCUCGGCGAGCAGCUCCCGCGGGGCGGCCACAGCCUGCUCCGCCCGCACGGCUCGGCCCGGCCCGGCCCGGCUCGGCGCAGCCCCCUCCGCUCCUCGGACAGCGCGGCACGGCCCGCCUUUCGCAUCCACGAUGGCGGGCGGCGUGGACGGCCCCAUAGGGAUCCCAUUCCCCGAUCACAGCAGCGACAUCCUCAGCAGUCUGAACGAGCAGCGAAACAACGGGCUGCUGUGCGACGUGGUCAUCUUGGUGGAAGGCCAGGAGUUCCCCACCCACCGCUCCGUCCUGGCGGCCUGCAGCCAGUACUUUAAGAAGCUCUUCACCUCAGGGUUAGUGGUGGACCAGCAAAACGUGUAUGAGAUUGACUUUGUGAGCGCCGACGCCUUGUCGGCUCUGCUGGAGUUCGCCUACACCGCGACCCUUACCGUCAGCACUUCCAACGUCAACGACAUCCUCAACGCCGCCAAACUGCUGGAGAUCCCGGCGGUGAGGGAUGUUUGCACGGAUCUCCUGGACAGGAAGAUUCUGGCCAAAAAUGACCAGAUGGAUAUAGUAGAUCAAAUUGAUCAAAGGAACCAUCUCAGAGCAAAAGAGUACCUGGAGUUCUUCCAGAGCAACCCCGUCAACGGCCACCAAGGCAGCUUUCCGUGGACCAACCCGGAGUUGAGAGACCUUCAGAGACUCAACUUCCGAGGCCAAGAGGACGAGGAGGAGCCGGACUGCAACGGCUUGGACUUCUAUUCGCAAGCCUCCCUCAACGAAAGACCAAAGGCGAAUGACUGUGAUCCCGACAGCAACUCGGCCAUGUGGCUGGACAGAGAGGAGGAGGAGGCGGCGGCCGCCCCUGGCUCCUUGUUCUCACCUUCUCAGAACGGACAUUACAGCGGCCGAAGCCUGGGCACGCCAGGAGAAGAGGAGGUGGCUCCCGGGGCCGCCCUGGACCAGCAGGACGCCGGCGACUCCCCCAGCUUCGUCCCCACCGGAGCGGAGACGGAGGAUGAUGGCAGGGAUGUGGACGGGUUGGCUGCCAGCGUGCUGCAGCAGGUGAUCAGCUCGGUGGGGAGGCAGCAGCUCGGGGACGACGAGCGGAAGGACGACGACGGAGUCGUGGAUUAUUACUUGAAAUACUUUGGCAGUUCGAACGAGAGUGACGUGUAUCCGUCCUGGUCCCAAAAGGUGGAGAAGAAGAUCAGGGCAAAAGCAUUCCAAAAGUGCCCCAUCUGUGCUAAAGUGAUCCAGGGGGCUGGCAAGCUGCCGCGCCACAUCCGCACCCACACCGGCGAGAAGCCCUACGAGUGCAACAUCUGCAAUGUGCGCUUCACCAGGCAGGACAAGCUGAAGGUCCACAUGCGGAAACACACGGGGGAGAAGCCCUACUUGUGCCAGCAGUGCGGAGCCGCGUUCGCUCACAACUACGACUUGAAGAACCACAUGCGCGUGCACACCGGCCUGCGGCCCUACCAGUGCGACAGCUGCUUCAAGACUUUCGUCCGCUCUGACCACUUGCACAGGCACCUUAAAAAGGAUGGCUGCAACGGCAUCCCGUCCCGGAGGGGCCGACGGCCGCGGGUGAGAGAUGCCGGGGGGCUGCCCACCCCUACGGGGAACCCCGAGGAUGGAGGAUUUCAAGGAGGUGGGGAGAGUCAGGAAUCAGAGGACACCGUGCAGGGGAACGGCCAAGAGCAGCACUUUGAGGAUAGUUCGACUACCGAAGCGUCGGGAUUGAAUGUAGCAGGAGGGUCGGCCGAGGGCAGCGCGCCAGGACUCUCCUAAACCAAAAAAAAAACAAAACAAAAACAAAACAAAACCAAACCCAACCAACCGACAAAACCACCACAAACAACAACAAGAGAGGUGUCACAAAAUCUAGUUAGUACUUUUUCCUCCGAUUUUCUCUUUCGAGGUGUUUCUCUCUCCGUUUCCCCUCCCUUCCCUCCAUUCCCCCCCCCCCCGGU